AGAAUAUUCAAAGAUUCUAAGGAAUUUGGAUUCUAUUAUUUUGGAGUGUAGAUGCAUGCAGAUAAUACUAUCGUAUAAAGGCAAUUCUUCCAUCUACACUUUUUUCCCUUUUCUUGACAAUUUUGCGCAUCAAACAAAACUUCUCUCUUGAUCAAGUUGAUCUAAUUUUCUUGACAUCUUUUGUUACUUAAAAACACAAAUAUAUGGUUGCACCUGUAUCAGCAAACCAGCAGCAAACAUCUUAUGCAUAUAGUUGCAACAACAAUCAUACAGCGGUAGCAAAGCCGGCAGGAAUGGCGAAAAAUAAUAAGACCGCAAAAUGCUUAGUCAGAAAGUUAUCAACUAAGUUCAAGAAGAAGAGGACCCAUAUCAAUGAAGAUGUAAAAAAUGACAGCAACAUCAGCAGUAGCAGUAUUACUAACAGCAGCAGUAGCAUGGAGAACGCCACUCUUCCUUCCCCUUCUUGUUCUUCUUGUCCCAACACUUCCAAAAGCUGUGCAACAAGUAGUGUUCCUGUCAAUAACGUUGCAGAUAAGAAUGAUGGUCCUGUUGUUCAAAUUCGAAUUGUUCCUCAUUUAGAUGAUCCCUCCAAGAGUUUUAUUUUUCGUAUCAUUAACUGUAAAUUAAUAUCUGGCAAGCUGUUAUGCUUUGGCCGCUACUCUGAUAUUUACAUAAAUGAAACAAGGUUGAGUGACAACAAUACGACUCUGGUACACUUCCAGUCAAAGGUUGUAUCCCGCAACCAUUGCGAGAUUUAUGUUGACAAUGAUGGGAAGGUGUUCUUGAGGGAUACGAAAUCGUCUACGGGCACCUUUCUGAAUCACAUUAAAGUAGGUAGCGAGGACGAGCCUAAAGAGCUUCAACACAACGAUAUAAUUCAGUUAGGUGAAAAUUUUCAAAACGGAACAGAAGAACAGUAUCGUGCUGUGAAAAUGAAGGUAGAUUUGAGCAUUGUCGAUCCUUUCGUACAGCAACAGAAAGCCUUCACUUUUCAAACACAAACAUUUGAUGCCUUUCGGCGCCAGUUAUCACAACACCAAGGUUAUAUUAAAGAGAUUAAUGAUCUUUUAGCAACUGAUGAAAAAAAAGAAGAACCCUCCAUUGUUACUAAUACUGUUAUAAAUGCAAAUCAUAAGCUCAGUAAUAUAAGCAUGACGGAUUUAGAUGAAUGCUGCAUUUGUUUAGCAGAUAUGGUCCCAUGUCAGUCCAUAUUUUUAUCACCAUGUAGCCACGCUUUUCACUUUAGGUGUAUCAGGCCUUUGCUUAAAAGUUACCCAGGCUUUCAGUGUCCAUUGUGUAGAACUUACUCUGAUUUGGAAGACAGUAUGGAAACAGAGGCAAUAGAAGAAUCUAUGAAGGAAGAAGAGCGAAAGCCAACUGAAACCUUAUCCACGGCAAACCCAUCUUCUUUCUUUUCGUACGAGGGUACCAAUAACAUAGCGUCUUCAGUAUCAAUGACUCAGCCGCAACAAAGACAACGAUCACAAACAAGAACUCAAUCAAAUAACAGCAGAAAUCCUCUUUUGAACAAAAUGAAAAGCAUAUUUUUUGAAAAGAAAAGAGACGAGCCUAUUGUAUUAUAAUUAAAUUGACAUUAUGUCUGUAUCAAUUAGAACAGACACUGAUCGAGG